GCUUACGGCGGCGCGGCACCCUCACCGCCAAGGAGCCGAAGCGAAACCUGCAGGUCCCCGCCCGGCCAUCAGCUGAUGGGCCGCCCGCCGCGAAGACCGCCACCGCUGCCGCCGCCGCCGCCGCCGCUGCUGUGCGAACAUGGCGGCCGAGAUCCACUCCAGGCCGCAGAGCAGCCGCCCGGUGCUGCUGAGCAAGAUCGAGGGGCACCAGGACGCCGUCACGGCCGCGCUGCUCAUUCCCAAGGAGGACGGCGUGAUCACAGCCAGCGAGGACAGAACUAUCCGAGUAUGGCUGAAAAGAGACAGCGGUCAGUACUGGCCCAGCAUUUACCACACAAUGGCCUCUCCUUGCUCUGCUAUGGCUUACCAUCACGAUAGCAGACGGAUAUUUGUGGGCCAGGAUAACGGAGCCGUGAUGGAAUUUCAUGUUUCUGAAGAUUUUAAUAAAAUGAACUUUAUCAAGACCUACCCAGCUCAUCAGAACCGGGUGACCGCGAUUAUCUUCAGCCUGGCCACAGAGUGGGUGAUCAGCACCGGCCACGACAAGUGUGUCAGCUGGAUGUGCACCCGCAGCGGGAGCAUGCUCGGGAGGCACUUCUCCACUUCCUGGGCUUCGUGUCUGCAAUAUGACUUUGAUACUCAGUAUGCUUUUGUGGGCGACUGUUCUGGACAGAUCACCCUGCUGAAGCUUGAACAGAGCUCCUGCUCGGUUAUUACCACCCUUAAAGGACAUGAAGGUAGUGUCGCCUGCCUCUGGUGGGACCCUAUUCAACGGUUACUCUUCUCAGGAGCCUCCGACAACAGCAUCAUCAUGUGGGACAUCGGAGGAAGGAAAGGCCGCACGCUUUUGCUCCAGGGCCACCAUGACCGGGUGCAGUCGCUGUGUUACCUUCAGCUCACGAGGCAGCUGGUCUCCUGUUCCUCAGAUGGCGGAAUUGCAGUGUGGAACAUGGACGUUAGCAGAGAGGAGGCUCCUCAGUGGUUAGAAAGUGAUUCUUGUCAGAAAUGUGAGCAGCCCUUUUUCUGGAAUAUAAAGCAGAUGUGGGACACGAAGACACUGGGGUUGAGACAGCAUCACUGCAGGAAGUGUGGGCAGGCUGUCUGUGGGAAGUGCAGCAGCAAGCGCUCCAGCUACCCUGUCAUGGGCUUUGAGUUCCAGGUCCGCGUCUGCGAUUCCUGCUAUGACUCCAUCAAGGACGAGGAUCGGACUUCCCUAGCAACCUUUCACGAAGGGAAACAUAACAUCUCCCACAUGUCCAUGGAUGUUGCUCGGGGCCUGAUGGUGACCUGCGGGACCGAUCGCGUGGUGAAGAUUUGGGACAUGACGCCCGUGGUGGGCUGCAGCCUGGCGACUGGGUUUUCUCCACAUUGAUCCGGGAGCCGGGCGGGGUCUGCGCCUUCCCAGCAGCAGCCUUCACCAAACACGAUGCUUCCCUGUAGCUCCACAGUCACUGUCACGUGGAUGGACAGCAGCCACUAAAAAACAAGUCAACGUUUUUAAAAAGAAAAAAAUGUAGAGGUGUGUUUUGGGGCAUUUGUGGAACUACCCGUGGGAUGUAGCGGGUCCCCGAGGAGUGGAGUUAUUUACUCCAGCGAGACGUCCUCGGGAGUGGUGAGCUGACGUGUGCCGAGGCAGUCAUUUAGCACGCGAGAGUUUCGGAGGAAAAAUACCGAACGGAAGAGUUAAAGCCUAGAACUUUCUUCAAGCAGUUCCAACUACAAACACACUUCCCCCCAGGCUUGCUGGGCCCGCAGGGGCUCCCAUGCUUCUCUGCAGGCAGAGCAGGGGUCAGGGGAGGAGGACUUGUUCUCUCCCUUGGGGGGUGCAGUGGGACUUAGGAGCCCAGAGACCCUCCUCAUCUGCUGGCAGUCUGUGAAUAUUCUCCACCCCUAGUCACUGAGAAACCUCUUAACAAUAUCUGUCCUGUCCAGGCGGUGCCAUGUCUGCUCUUAGUGUGUGGCCCACUUCAGUUGUUUCUCGUCCCAGCCAGCAUGCCGUGGGCGAACUCUCAGAUUGUCACUCAGUGAGCUGUACAGUUUCUAUACUAACCAAGGCAGUCCACACUCUUCCCUUUCCCCCAAAUGUGCUCUGAGGACAAGACGUUUCUAUGGUGCUGCUAACGCGGGACUCGCACAAGCCGCCUGACGCUUUCUGAUUGCAGUCAGUGAUGACUAAUGGAAAACCCGGCUACCAGCAUGACUGGGAUGGGAAACGGUCAGUCCAUUCCAUGGGACAGCCCAGUCCUCCUAAAAGACACAGUCUGUUUGCAGUUCCAAGAUGAGCCCCUGUGAUACUGUGGCAAUUUAAUAGACACCUCAGAAAAGAACUCCAAAGCUUUUUAAACUAGGUUGACUUUUAGUUAUAACUUAUUUCAUAGAAGGAAAUCGGUAUUCCAGAGCAGUAACUGUUAGCCAGGUCCUGCACAGUAAUUCCUCACUUGUAAAUUACUUUCAUAACAAUUAGCAAAAUCUGGUGUAUCAAACGGCAUUUUAAAAGUUUUUGGUGACUUAGUACCAGGAUGGGGAAGAGGUAGGGAAUGGGGAGCCUGUCUUUUAAUAUUCAAAUUAUCUAUUUGUUUUUAACAGCAAAACAUGUAUCUGUUACUUUAGGGCUAUGGAAGUGAGUGGAGAGAAGUCGACUUUUUGUAAGGACAGAUUUUAAAAUAGAUAGCAAAAGUAUUUUUGUUAGUCUUACUAAUGGAUAUUGAAAAAAACUACUGCAUCGCUUUUGGGGGAUCACAUCAAGACAACAUUGUUCUGUAUGAUGUAACUAAGGGACUAAAUAUUUUAAAAUAACAGCUGUUAAUUAAAAUGUUUUUUUUAACAUC